UGACCCUGACAUUCGAGGAGCCGGCGAGUGAAACGCACUCGUCGCUUCGCGCGCGCAGGAGCAACAUCGUAUGGUGCGUGCCGAGUUCAACGACGAACCUAGACGAAAGGUACGCGGAUUUCGCCGUGAUAGUGCUUGCGACACGUAUCUCGCGCGCAACUGGAAUUUGCGACAUUUCACAGACUAUUUGUUUUAAACGCGACGCGGUCUAGUAGUGCGACCUUGACUUCGAUGCGUCAGAGUUUGUCGUCAAAAACAUUAAGAAGAACGUUACACCGUAUUUGGGACAGUGCUCCUGUGGCGACCGGCGAUUUUGACACGCGAAUGACCUUGACUCUUGGAACAGGCGGCGCCUUGAUACCAUCAAGUCGCGAACUUGUCGAGCCUGUGAUCAUCGUGUUUUCAUCUCGCGUGAGGCUAGUCGAUCGAAGAUGAACAAGUAGGAGAAAGAGCUUCGUGAGAGAAAGACAAAGCGCACGCGUUCGCCCACCAGCACACAAGCACACCUCCAUAACCUAUUUAUCGCGAAGCCAAACAAGGACGCUCUCGAGGAGAUUAUAGAUAUUACACGACAUAUUGACGUAAGUUGAGUGACCUAUGGCACCGCGGCGUCACGCCAACAGCCACGGCGGUGGCCUCCUGGAGAACGGGGGCGGUGGUGGAACCAAUGAUCCUUUGGACAACCUGCUUGGUCCGAGCCAGACGACACGCUGUUGCACACCAACCGGUGAGUGUCUUCGGGGCGACACUCUUAUUCGUCUGAACGCCCUGCACGACGCGGUCAAGGUCACUUGCAACAACGACAAUUGUCCAGUCGGACAGUUCAUGCACCGCGAGUGCUUCGACGCCUGGGAACAGACGGUACUGACGUAUCUGAAGAGCUGCGGCCGUGCUCGUAGCUGGUCCGAGCGUCAACGUCAUCAGAACCUCUGGACCAAGAAGGGCUACGAUCUCGCGUUCAAGGCCUGCGGCUGCCGCUGCGGCCGCGGCCAUCUGAAGAAAGAUCUUGACUGGAUGCCACCCGGUCUCGGUAACGUGACCGGCAAUCGUACCGACGAGACCGAAGCGAAGAAAAAGAAACGGCGCAAUCGACAAAACACCAGGCCGAGUCUGGCCGUCUCGGCCGGUCCGCCCAACCACGCCAACCACGUCACCAACGGCCGUGGCACCACAGAGGCUCAGAUGAUCGAGUCGAGUCGUGGCAGGGCCGGAUCUCUAUCGUCCAGCACCGGUUCCAGCUCGCCACCGGCCACCAGCGAGCCCAGCGUCAGCCCGCUUCACCAGCCGCAGCCUAUCAUGAAAAAGAAGAGCAAGGUCGACUUCUUCAGCGAUCGCGCGAGACAAAGUUGCGGCGCCAACGGCAUAUUUUCCCGUCGCUUGGACUUUAGCGCUUUCAACAGUCUACCGCGAACCAAGCUGAAUUCCUAUCACAUUAAGAUGGAAGACGAGGGUAAUCACGGUAACGAUGACACCAGAUGCUUCAUUCUGUCAACACUGGCCGCCCUGCAGUGGUCGAGAGUUACGUGCGUCCUUUGUCGCAACGCCAUGCUAGUUUUCGACAGGUAUCCGUUGGUGGACGGCACAUUCUUUUUGUCACCCAGGCAGCAUUCUGCCGCCUGUGCCGAGGUGAAAGUCGAAGGUCGCACGCAAUUUUUGUCAGCCGUGUGCAUGAGUUGUCUGGAGGGCAGCGAUGGGCAACCCGUGCGUUGUCGUUUCUGCACUCAACCGUGGGACGGUUCGAGCCUGGUCCUCGGUACCAUGUAUAGCUACGAUAUUUUCGCGGCUAUGCCCUGCUGCAGCGAGCGACUAAAAUGCAACAGCUGCCAAAAGCCUCUGAUUUACCCUCAUCAGAGACUAAACUUCUACUCGGACUACAGCCGCGUCUUCGCCUGUCCACAUUGCAGGGCGGUCGACGCUCACUUUGUGAAGCCGCUCUCGGCCUGCUUCACCCGCGAGCAGUUCCAGCUCUACAGUCAGUGGCCGUAACCAUUAGAGAACUUAGUGAACCGCCGCCGUUUGCGCAUCGCGGCCGAUCUGUAUCCCCUCUUUUAUAAAUCGAUCUCCCUAUUCCGGACGACCGUGCUCUAGAAAACCUCUCUUCGACUCCAUUUAGGAGAUUUUUGACAAUGGCGAACGCACUCGAGGAUCCUUCCUAGCGCGUCUCGUCGGCCGGAUCCAUCGGUGGAUAUUAUUCGUUUAUGUUUGAAAUUUUUUUUUUUUUUUGUUUUUGUUUUUGAUCGAAAACUGAUAAACUUUAUUUCGCAAUUCCUUCGAAUUGUUUUUUUUUUUUUUUUUUAACACUUAACAGUGAGCCUGCAAACGGCUGUUCCAAAACAAUUUAGUAUCUGUUUUUUUAAAUUUUGUCUUGUGUGUGUCGCGCGAUCAUGCAAACGACGACGGUCCGCGCAAGUCCCUUGGCGCGUUCACGUAGUACUAAUAAAAUUUCAGAUUAAUGUUUAUUUUUAAUGUGUCGACUGUAAGUCUGUCUAGGUUGAUUCUAAACGGGAGACGUCGGACUUCGGCGACUCGACGACUUGUUUCGUUACGACGACGUUUCGUUCGACGAUGCGUGACGUAACUCUAGCAAACGCGCUGCAUUUUCCAAUGCAUUUUUUUCCCACAAGUGCUCUUUAAGUUUUAUAAGCAUUUACAUCGAGUCGCCGAUUUAAUUAGUCGAUUUGUCGAAAUCAGUGGCAAUUAAGUUUUUUUAUUAGUAGAUACAUGUAUAACAUCUCGACGCGAUUGUUAUGGACAAUCUGUCUAAUUAGCGGUUUUUUUAUUAUGUCUCAAAUUAGCGAAAUUUUUUGUUGCGAGAAGACUCGUGUAUAUUACUUAUGCAUAAUUUGACUAUUAUCAAAAUUAUCUUAGGCAAUUUUUAGAUGAGAGUAAUUUCUAAAAUUUUGAAUGACAAUUUCGCCGUCUCCCGUUUUUUUUAUAGUUGAAUUGCUUUAAAAGAAAUUAAUACAAAAAAAAAAAAACUAAAUUUAGGCAGA